UGGCCCGAGUCGGGCGAAAAGUGAGGCUUGGACUGAGCUUUUUCUCCCUGCCUCGGCCCCCAGACCAGGCACUCUCUCUUACCACAGGGCGCGUGGGGACUGGUCCACAGUCCCUUGUCCGCCCUACAACCCCCAUGGGCUGCCGCCCGCCACCGCCUCCUCGGCUGCCACCCAGGACACGGCAGAGAUAAAAGCAGGACCAGAAAACCACCAUGUCAGGAGACUAUGAGGAUGACCUCUGCCGACGGGCACUCAUCCUGGUCUCAGACCUCUGUGCACGGGUCCGAGAUGCUGACACCAGUGACAGGUGCCAGGAAUUCAAUGACCUGCGGAUCCGAGGCUACCCCCGGGGUCCAGAUGCAGACAUCUCCGUGAGCCUGCUGUCGGUCAUCGUGACGUUCUGUGGAAUUGUCCUUCUGGGCGUCUCCCUCUUUGUGUCCUGGAAGUUGUGCUGGGUGCCCUGGCGGGACAAGGGAGGCUCAGCUGUGGGCGGUGGUCCCCUGCGCAAAGACCUAGGCCCUGGGGUCGGGUUGGCAGGCUUGGUAGGCAGUGGUGGGCACCACCUGGGGACUGGCCUUGGUGGCCAUCCUCUGCUGGGUGGCCCACACCACCAUGCCCACACUGCCCACCAUCCGCCCUUUGCUGAGCUGCUGGAGCCAGGCAGCCUUGGGGGCUCUGAACCUCCUGAACCCUCCUACUUGGACAUGGACUCAUAUCCAGAGGCUGCAGCAGCAGCAGCAGUGGCCGCUGGGGUCAAACCAAGCCAGACAUCCCCUGAGCUGCCCUCUGAGGUCGCGGCAGGCUCUGGGCUGCUCCUGCUGCCCCCUAGUGGUGGGGGCUUGCCCAGUGCCCAGUCGCAUCAGCAGGUCACAAGCCUGGCACCCACUACCAGGUACCCAGCCCUGCCCCGACCCCUCACCCAACAGACUCUGACUCCCCAACCGGACCCGAGCAGUGAGGAGCGGCCUCCUGCCCUACCCUUACCCCUGCCAGGCGGUGAGGAAAAAGCCAAACUCAUUGGGCAGAUCAAGCCAGAGCUGUACCAGGGAACUGGACCUGGCGGCAGGCGGGGUGGUGGGGCCCCAGGCUCCGGAGAGGCAGGUGCAGGGGCACCCUGUGGCCGCAUCAGCUUCGCCCUGCGGUACCUUUAUGGCUCUGACCAACUGGUGGUGAGGAUCCUGCAGGCCUUGGACCUCCCCGCCAAGGACUCCAAUGGCUUCUCAGACCCCUACGUCAAGAUCUACCUGCUGCCUGACCGCAAGAAAAAGUUUCAGACCAAGGUGCACAGGAAGACCCUGAACCCCAUCUUCAAUGAGACGUUUCAAUUCUCGGUACCCCUGGCUGAGCUGGCCCAGCGCAAACUGCACUUCAGCGUCUAUGACUUUGACCGCUUCUCACGGCACGACCUCAUCGGCCAGGUGGUGCUGGACAACCUCCUGGAGCUGGCUGAGCAGCCCCCCGACCGCCCGCUCUGGAAGGACAUCGUGGAGGGCGGCUCGGAGAAGGCAGAUCUUGGGGAGCUCAACUUCUCACUCUGCUACCUCCCCACGGCUGGGCGCCUCACCGUGACCAUCAUCAAAGCCUCUAACCUCAAAGCGAUGGACCUCACCGGCUUCUCAGACCCCUACGUGAAGGCCUCUCUUAUCAGCGAGGGGCGGCGUCUGAAGAAACGGAAAACCUCCAUCAAGAAGAACACGCUGAACCCCACGUACAACGAGGCCCUCGUGUUCGACGUGGCUCCCGAGAGCGUGGAGAACGUGGGGCUGAGCAUCGCGGUGGUGGACUAUGAUUGCAUUGGGCACAACGAGGUGAUCGGAGUGUGCCGCGUGGGCCCCGACGCCGCCGACCCCCACGGCCGCGAGCACUGGGCCGAGAUGCUGGCCAACCCCCGCAAGCCCGUGGAGCACUGGCACCAGCUGGUGGAGGAAAAGACUUUGACCAGCUUCACCAAAGGCAGCAAAGGACUAUCAGAGAAAGAGAACUCAGAGUGAGAGGUCUGGCCUAGGCCCAGGAUCGGACCAGGCCCCCUCAAGACCCCAUCCCUUCCUGCCCGGACUGUGAAUUCAUCUCCUCGAAGCCAUAACGUCCGAGCUGCUGGUGCGGGGCAGCCCUGCGCUUGCCCCUCCUACUCCUGGAGGCGUGGGGGUGGGAAGCAGGCGGGCCCAGCUCCUUGUUUCAGGGUGGGGAGCAUUCAGCCUUCACUGUGUCUGUCUUCUCUUCCCUGGGGCUCCCCCUCAAGAUGAGGGGCCAUGCAUGUCUGGGGGAAUCCUACCCCCAAAACCUCCGUCUAUUUGUCUCUGCUGUUUGUCCAAGACUUCACGUCCUGACCCUUGUUCUUGCCGUGAAUGUUGUCGGACCAAUCCUCUGAGUCCCCCCAGACACACUCACACCUGUGUCCACCCCUUCUGUUUGCUGUACCCCGUGUCUGGCCGAUCCCCCCACUGCUGCUGCUAUCAACGCCAGAAUAAACACACUCUGUGGGUCUCACUCCA